AUGGAAGAGGAUCAAAUGUCCGGCUCGUGGCCUAACUGGGGGCCGCCAAGCGACUCUCUCACAGCAACUGAGAAUCUGUCCGCAGUGGACGAUGUUCUUACUGUCCAGCACGUUCAAGGAACCGAUGUGCUCAUGCUUUCGGAAACCUUCACAUCAAACGAAGGCGCCGAAGUCGACCGAUGGAUUGGCAACCCAUCAGACCUCGUGUGCUUUGGGAUGAUCCCUCUCAUCCCUGGCAAAUGUGAGCGAAAGAACACAACUGUAGAAGCGUUUGCUGUGAACUUUGAAGGGUCCGACCGAUUCAUUUCCACCGAUGCACGCCGCGGCAGAGUGAUCUCUACACAUUAUGGGCAUAUGAUUCAAGGUCUCCUUGACGAGACUGUACUGGUGCUACACACCGAAUGUGUGUUAGACGACAAGCAAGCUGUUCCUGGCCGCAAGACUUCUAUAAUAAAUUGGCAGGCGCCUUGCUUUCUUAGCAUCACGGUCUACGGGCCUCUCGAGCUGUAUGACGAUAUAGGCGUCUGGUUACAAGAGUACGAUAUCUACCUCCAAGAUCCUCAAAGGUGCCAUUUGAACGUCAGAUAUUGCAACCCGCACCGACUGUCAUCAGAAGGCUUGCACUCCAUACCAAUGCUCUCGGAGAUGGUCUUUGGAGCGUCUUUAUCCCUCCAUCUGCAGGACGUCGUGGACCGCCCCGAUCCACUGGAUAUCCUCAGUCGCCAAGACGACCUGGAUGAAACACCACAACCCCAACUGGUGGAAACUACACUUUGCAAACACCAAAAGCAAGCUUUGACCUUUAUGAGACGUCGGGAGAGGGGAUGGGAUUUGGAGGGAAACGGGAGUGAUAUUUGGGGGGUCACAGAAGCAAUAGAUGGGCAAUACUUUAUCAACAGAGUUUCAGAGGACUACCAGCCAACUCCGCCAGCGCACUUCGCAGGUGGAAUAAUCGCUGACCCCAUGGGUUUGGGUAAGACUCUAACGAUGCUGGCGCUCAUUGCAACCGAUUUGGAAACCUCUGACACCACGCCUCUCUUGGAUCGAAAUGAUAGUCACCAGCGGCCAGUACAAGCGACACUAGUGGUAGUACCGCAGCCCUUGUUAGGGACUUGGGAGCGUGAGUUGUCGACUCACUUCGUACCCGACAGCGUCCGUUUUCGUCGGCAUCACGGCAGGUCAAAAGUGGCUGACGUCGGCGACAUCGAUGCCGCCCAUGUUAUUCUCACAACAUAUCAUACCCUAUCUGCGGAUUACAAAGUACACAGGCAAAUGGCCGGUCAUGUUAUGUUCUCAGUACGGUGGAAACGAAUCAUAUUGGACGAGGCUCAUGUUAUUCGAAACAUGAAAUCUCUCCUCUCCCACGCAAUUUGUGCGCUUCACGCGACUUCUCGGUGGGCAGUAACUGGAACGCCGAUUCAAAAUCAUCUCAGCGACCUCGCAGCUCUACUUAAGUUUAUUCGGGCUCAUCCCUACGAUGACACGAAAAAGUUCGAUGCCGACAUAUCGCGACUAUGGAAGUCAAACGAUCCAGAGGAAGCAGUGAAACGCCUCAAACGCCUUGCACACUGCCUCAUCCUUCGGCGAGCCAAACGCACAAUUGACUUACCUCCUCGUCGGGAUACAACCUGUCCUGUAGAUUUCAACACAGCUGAGAGAACACUGUACGAGAACGUGCGCCAACAAACCCUGAGAAAGGCGGAAGACGCCCUUCUCCAUUCGGAUCUAUCUUCCUCGGGGAUCUUCGUCAACUUCUUACAGCAGAUAGAAUCAAUGAGGCUGGUUUGUAAUCUUGGUAUCUUCUACCAUAACAGGCAUGAGCAGCCCAGCUCGCACGAAUCGUCGGAAUGGACAAGCAUGGCGCAAGAAACGUUUAACGUUCACCGUGAGAUGGAAAUCAUCGCGUGCGCGCAAUGCCGUUCCAUUCUCGAACUCGGAAACGCCUUUACGGACGAUUCGUCUUCCCACAAUCCGCACUUCUCCCGCUGUCUCCAGUAUACAUGCCCCGACUGUUCACACAAAACGCGCCUAGCAGGACACCGCCUGGUCUGCGGCCAUACCCCUCGGUGCCCAGUGGCACCAAUCUCCCUCACGAGUGAUUCAAUCGAGGAGAGUAUCGGCGGCUUGAUGCAUCCAACGCAGACUUCACCUCCUGAGUUGCCAUCCAAAGUCAGGGCAUUGAUUGCUGAUCUCAAAUCAUUGGCCCCGGACAUCAAAAGUAUAGUAUUCUCAACCUGGAGAUUGACACUCGACCUUGUCGAAACAGGACUGGCACAGCCCGAUGCGCGCAUACGCUACGUUCGCUUUGAUGGAAAAGUGCCUCAAGCUCAGCGUCAGAGUGUUUUAGAUCAAUUCAAAUCUGAUCCCAACAUCCGCGUUAUGCUCCUGACGCUAUCAUGUGGUGCGGUCGGCCGGAAAUCGGCUCCUGAUACUCAGAUUUGCCGUCUGGAAGCUAAUCUAUGUUGUGACAGACUCACUUUGACUGAAGCCUCGCGCGCGUAUCUUAUGGAACCACACUGGAAUCCGACUAUCGAGGACCAAGCCCUGGCGCGCAUUCACCGGAUUGGACAGACACGCGAAGUAACGACUAUUCGAUUCUACAUUCGAGAUUCAUUCGAAGAGCGGGUGAGGGAAGUUCAAGAGUCGAAGAAGAAUCUUGCCGGUGUAUUGCUUUCAGGGCAUGAUGGCGGCCAAGCGGACGACAGUCUGAGUGCAUUGCAGGUUCGCACAGUCUAUCCUUGA